AUGGAGGUGACCACCGUGUCCCCAUCUCCUGCCUCACCCACUGAAGGAGAUGAUCUCUGUGAGACAGAUGUCACCACCGUGGCCACCCACAGUGUGACACUGCUCAUCUGCCUCUGUGGGCUGGCUGGGAACGCGGCUGUGCUCUGGCUCCUUGGCUCCUGCUGUUCAUCCAGGAGCAGCACCAUCCUUUACAUCUUCAUGAUUACUCUUCUGGACUUCUUCUUUCUCCUCAUUCUGUUGCCCGCCACUGUGCUCUUCCUGGUGGGGGACGUGUCCUGUUCUAACAUCUUGCCCUUGUCAUAUAUAAGGUUCCUUUUUUGGAUGUCACUGUUUUCUUACAGCUUGUGGCUGUGCACACUGACAUUCAUCAGCAUCAAGAGGUGCCGCUCCAUCCACUGCCCACUCUGGUUCUGCUGCCACCAUCCCCAGCAGAUGUUGAACGUCAUGCUUGCCCUGCUCAGGGCCUUCUCAGUCACUCUCAUCAUUGACUUUGCCAUGAUGCUUCCCCUGUGCAUAUUUGAGCAACCUGAUUUUUGCAGGGUAUCUCUCAGCUCCAUACACGCUUUCAACCUCGUCCUCGGUGCUCCCUUCAUGCUCAUUUCCAGUAUAAUCCUCUUCACUCAUUUCAAGCCUGGCUCCCAGCAGCAGCAACCCAAGAAGUUGGACAUUGUUAUCUGCCUCAUUCUGCUCUUCUCUCUGCCCCUCAGUCUCUGCAAUUUCCUGCAGGAGCUCAGCUACACCACUGUGCCCUCCAAGUUUUUUUUCCUGCUCACCUGCAUCAACAGCAGCAUCAAACCCUUCAUCUAUAUCCUGGUGGGGAGGUGCUGGAGGCCCUGCUCCGUGUGGUCUCUACGGCUCUCCCUCCAGAGGGUCUUUGACUAG